AUGGACGAUAUUAUUGUGCAUGCAUCCUCUGCUCAGUUUCUUCAGGGUCUUCUUGAUCAGCUUCAUCGAGAGUUCGCCAUGACAGAUCUUGGACCACUUCACUUCUUUCUUGGUAUUGUUGUGACAAGGAACAGCGAUGGACUCUUCCUCUCUCAGCGGCAGUAUGCGAUGGAUCUUCUGCAGCGAUCUGGCUUGUCUAAUUGCCAUCCUGUGGCAACCCCUGCUGACACUCAAGCUAAGCUCUCUGGUUCUGAUGGUGACCUUCUUGUUGAUGCUACCGAGUACAUGAGUCUCUCCGGCACUCUUCAGUAUCUCACACUGACGCGUCCUGACAUCUCCUACGCAGUGCAACAAAUCUGUUUGCACAUGCAUGCACCUCGUGCCCCUCACCUCGCUCUGGUGAAGCGAGUACUUCGCUACGUGCGCGGCAAACUGGAGUUCGGUCUUCAUCUCCGUGCCUCCUCCUCGACGACACUCACAGCUUACUCUUAUGCUAACUGGACGGGAUAUCCUGACUCCCGCCGAUCGACAUCUAGCUACUGCGUCUACUAUGGUGACAAUCUUAUCUCCUGGUCCUCUAGGCGACAGACGACUGUCUCAUGGUCCAGUGCAGUGUAG